AUGCCAGCGAGUCAGCCGUCGGUCGAUCAUGACGAGAAUCAUGCGAAUCUGGAGGCAAAACAGGCCAGAUCUCGAUUCUCUACAAAUUGCUUCACCGUGGAGAAGGCCAAUCAUCUCCGUAUGCUGACCUCAGGGAUGUCAUCGCACAACGACGCGAUGUACCUCUUCGUCAUUGCCUCGUCCUCUUUUUAG